AUGCACGCAUCCCAACAGAAUCAGGACAAGCUGGUGGCCUACCCGGUGCUGGACCUGCGCCGCCGCCGCCUCGCCCUGCGCGCCUACGUGGCCGCCCUGGAGCGCCUGGCCCGGGACGCCUGCCGCCGCCUCGGCCUGCCCGCCGCCCGCGCCCUCCCGCCGCCCCGCACCGGCGUCUGGCUCGGGGACCGCAAGCUCUGCGCCAUCGGUGUUCAUUGCGGGAGACACAUCACCUCGCACGGAUUGGCCCUCAACUGCUGCACUGACUUAACCUGGUUUGACCACAUCGUCCCGUGUGGCCUGGAGGGGCUGGGGGUCACCUCCCUCAGCCAGGAACUCCGGAGACACGUCUCGGUGGAAGAGGCCACGCAGCCCUUCCUGGAAGUCUUCCAGGAAGUCUUUAACUGUAGUUUAAGCGAGGAACCUGGUUUGGAGGAAUGAGGGACGAAGAGGCCGGUUGCGGCGCGAGAUCCUGGCUUGUCUGUUCUGAAAUGAUUAAACUCUG